GGCCGUUACCACCGCCUCCCUCCUCCCCCUCCUCUCUCCGAGUCCGAGAGCACACGCAGAGAAAGAGAGAGAGAGAGACGCGUCCCCUCGCCGCCCGCCUCCUCCACCGCCCACACGAGGGGCACGCGCCUCGCCGCCGCCUCCCCUCGCCGUCACUACCUUCCAUUUCCGCCGCCUCCUCUCCACGCGCCACCUCACCCUCCCCCUCCCCCACGCGGCGGUAUAAGUACGCUCCCCUCUCCCUACCCCCAAAAACCACCAAACCCUAGCCCCCCCAACUCCGAGGCGGCGCGGCGCGGCGCGGCGAGAGGGUGGGUGGUUUUAGGGUUUUGAUCCGGAAGGGAGUUCCGGGGGGCGGCGGCGGGAUGAGCAGCCUGGUGGAGCGGCUGCGGGUGCGGUCGGAGAAGCGGCCGCUGUACACGCUCGAUGAGUCCGACGAUGACCUCCCGCCGCGCGGCGGGGGCGGGAAGGGGAGGGAUCGGCACAGCGACGGCCCCACCGAGCGGAUCGAGCGGGAGGACGCGAAAGAAGAUGCUUGCCAGAAAUGUGGAGAAAAUGACAAUCUAGUACCAUGUUCAACUUGUACUUAUGCAUUUCACAGGAAAUGUUUGGUUCCUCGCUUAAAUAUCACAUCUGAUAAAUGGAGCUGCCCUGAAUGUGUUAGCCCUCUUACGGAAAUGGAAAAGAUAUUAGACUGUGAAGAAACAAAACCUGAUGCUUCUGAAGAGACUAGUUCUUCUGAGUCCGGAUCAAAGAAGAAACCUGUCAAACGAUAUCUUAUAAAAUGGAAAGGAAUAUCACACCUUCACUGCACUUGGGUUUCAGAAAGUGAAUAUUUGGAAACUGCCAAGAUAUACCCCCGGCUGAAAACUAGACUCAAUAACUUCCAUAAGCAAAUGGAUUCAACGGAUAAGUCUGAUGAUGACUAUUCUGCAAUUAGACCUGAGUGGACUACUGUUGACAGGAUCCUUGCUACCAGAAAAAGCUCUACUGGUGAAAGGGAGUACUAUGUGAAAUGGAAGGAACUAACAUACGACGAAUGUACUUGGGAAAAUGACUCCGACAUUGCAGUCUUUCAGCCUCAGAUUGAACGCUUCAAUGAGAUUCAGUCCAGGAGGAAGAAGUCUACUGACAAGUGCAAGAGUGUCACUCGUGAGAUACGUCAAUAUAAGGAGAGCCCGAAGUUUCUCUCUGGUGGGACACUACAUCCCUACCAGCUUGAAGGGUUAAACUUCUUACGCUAUUCUUGGUACCAUAAUAAACGUGUAAUACUUGGGGACGAGAUGGGUCUUGGUAAAACGAUACAGAGUAUUGCCUUUUUGGGCUCUCUAUUUGUGGACAAGCUUGGUCCUCAUCUGGUCGUUGCACCCCUUUCAACCUUGCGAAAUUGGGAGCGUGAAUUUGCAACUUGGGCACCUCAAAUGAAUGUUGUAAUGUAUUUUGGAUCUGCAGCUUCUCGUGAAAUUAUUAGGAAGUAUGAAUUUUACUACCCCAAAGAGAAACCUAAGAAGCUUAAGAAAAAGAAAUCAUCUCCAUCUAAUGAAGACAAGAAACAAUCAAGAAUAAAAUUUGAUGUCCUUUUGACAUCUUAUGAGAUGAUCAAUAUGGAUUCUACUGUUCUAAAAACCAUAGAAUGGGAAUGCAUGAUUGUGGAUGAGGGGCAUCGUUUGAAGAACAAAGAUUCCAAGUUGUUCGGUCAACUUAAAGAGUAUCAUACUAAGCAUCGUGUUCUCUUAACGGGAACCCCAGUUCAGAACAACCUGGAUGAACUUUUCAUGCUUAUGCACUUCCUUGAGGGUGACAGUUUUGGUAGUAUAGCUGAUCUCCAAGAGGAAUUCAAGGACAUAAACCAGGACAAACAAGUUGAGAAGCUCCAUGGAAUGCUGAAGCCGCAUCUUCUUCGGCGAUUCAAGAAAGAUGUUAUGAAAGAACUUCCUCCGAAAAAGGAGCUGAUUUUACGUGUUGAGCUUACAAGCAAACAAAAAGAGUACUAUAAAGCAAUUCUCACCAAGAAUUAUGAAGUGUUAACUCGUCGUAGUGGUGGACAUGUUUCACUUAUUAAUGUUGUAAUGGAACUACGCAAACUUUGUUGCCAUGCAUUCAUGACAGAUGAACCCGAAGAGCCUGCCAAUUCAGAAGAAGCUUUAAGGAGGCUUUUAGAAUCUUCUGGAAAAAUGGAGCUGCUUGACAAGAUGAUGGUGAAACUGAAAGAGCAGGGUCACAGGGUUCUUAUUUAUUCACAGUUCCAGCACAUGUUGGACUUACUUGAGGAUUAUUUAAGCUACCGGAAAUGGAGUUAUGAGCGUAUUGAUGGAAAAAUAGGUGGUGCUGAGAGGCAGAUACGAAUUGAUCGCUUCAAUGCUAAAAAUUCUACUAGGUUUUGCUUUCUUCUUUCAACCAGAGCUGGUGGUCUUGGUAUAAAUCUGGCAACUGCCGAUACUGUAAUUAUUUAUGACAGUGAUUGGAAUCCUCAUGCUGAUUUACAAGCUAUGGCGAGAGCCCAUCGCUUAGGGCAGACAAGCAAGGUUAUGAUAUAUAGGCUUGUUAGUCGUGGUACAAUUGAGGAGCGGAUGAUGCAACUUACAAAGAAAAAAAUGGUAUUGGAGCACUUAGUUGUUGGGCGUCUCACGAAAGGCACUAAUAUUGUCCAGGAGGAGUUGGAUGAUAUUAUUCGGCAUGGCUCAAAGGAACUUUUUGACGAUGAAAAUGAUGAAGCCGGAAAAUCUUGCCAAAUCCAUUAUGAUGAUGCUGCGAUUGAUAGAUUAUUGGACCGUGACCAAGCUGACGGGGAAGAGCCUGUGGAAGAUGAAGAAGAAGACGAAUUUCUAAAAGGAUUCAAGGUUGCUAACUUUGAGUACAUAGAUGAAGCUAAGGCUUUAGCUGCAAAAGAGGAGGAGGCACGCAAAAAGGCCGAAGCUGAAGCUGCAAACUCUGACAGAGCAAAUUUUUGGGAUAAAUUAUUGAAGGACAGAUACGAUGUACAAAAAGUUGAAGAGCAUACUACUAUGGGAAAAGGAAAAAGGAGCCGCAAACAGAUGGCUGCUGCUGAUGAGGACGACAUUACCGGCCUGCAUGACAUGAGUUCUGAAGAUGAUGAUUACUCUUAUGAUGAUGAUGUGUCAGAUAACGACACAAGUUUACAAUCAGGCCUUGCUGGGAGGAGGGGCCCAUAUUCCAAGAAAAAACAACGUAAUGUUGAUUCACUUCCAUUCAUGGAGGGCGAAGGACGGGCUUUGAGAGUUUAUGGGUUCAACCAAAUUCAGCGAACACAAUUCCUUCAAACGCUUAUGAGAUAUGGUUUUCAGAACUACGAUUGGAAGGAAUUUACUCCUCGAUUGAAGGGGAAAAGUGUUGAGGAAAUCCAGAGAUAUGCUGAACUUGUCAUGAUCCAUCUUCUUGAGGACAUCAAUGACUCAGGAUAUUAUGCAGAUGGCGUGCCAAAGGAAAUGCGCACAGAUGAGACAUUGGUCAGGCUAGCCAACAUAUCACUUGUGGAAGAGAAGGUGGCUGCCAUGGAACAAGGAAAAAUAACAAAACUCUUUCCCAGCUAUUUGUUAUAUGAAUUUCCUAGCUUAGUUGGUGGAAGAGUAUGGAAAGCGGAACAGGAUCUACUGUUGCUGAAAGCAUUAAUAAAGCAUGGGUAUGCAAGGUGGCAAUAUAUAUCAGAUGACAGAGAUAAUGGGAUUUUUGAGGCUGCACGACAAGAGCUGAGGCUUCCUACUGCUAAUGAACUGAUUAGUUCUCACUCAAACAAUGAGACAAACGGAAAUCUGGAAAGCACACAAGAAGGCCAGUCGAACCCAACGAGCAUGAUCCAUUACAGGGAUACACAGAGAAAGAUAGUUGAGUUUAUUAGAAAGAGAUACCAUCUUUUGGAGAGAUGUUUGAAUCUUGAAUACGCUGUGAUUAAAACAAAAACCCCUGUUCCUGAUGAUCUCGCUGAACAAGAUUUUCCUGGUGGUCAUAGACCGGCCGUUCCAGACUACAGUGAAAUGCUGAGAGAAUUGCCUGUCCUUGAACCUAUUUCCAAAGAAGUGGCGCCUGAAGGCACAACUGAUCAGUCACAAGUUUCCCAUCUUUACAACAAGAUGUGCUUUGUCCUUGAAGACAGUGCUGUUCCUGCACUCAACUCGCAUUUCGGUGACAAGGCAGCUUCCUCCGGUUUAGCCAAUAGCCUCCAUAAGUUUGAAGCUGUAUGCGAAGACGUUAGUCGCAUCUUGAGAUCCCAUGAAAAUGGUACCACUCCCAAAGAGGAAGUUAUGCUAGAUGCAAGCUCCAAAGAGACCACGUCUCCAAAAGAUCCAGCAACCGAGGUGCCUUCGUCAGCUUCCAAAGAAGCUACGCCUCCAGUACAAGAUCCAGUCAUAGAGGCAGUGAAGGAGGAGCCACCCACUGUUAAGGCGGAGGACAAAAUGGAAAUCGAUAGUUAAUUUGUAGGAAUCAUAACGAUAAUAUCGAACCUUUUUCGUCUAAUCUAAUCGCUAAACUGGCUGUAGCUUUUACCAUAUUACAAGUUGUAAACUAAAAAAUCACUCUAAGCUAGUCUCAUCCUGUAGAGGCCUGGACAUCUCCAGGCCUGAGAUGAACGAUUACCAUCAAAUCUGUCGUACUAAAGGUUACCAGGUUUUGCUAGCUCCUGCCCCGCUGCAUCUGUUAAAUGUUUAACUCUUCACUGUCGAAUAGGUCACUUGACUGGUUUGCCAUCAGGAUGAUUAGGCCCAUUGUAAUGACCCUACUGCUAAAGCUGUGUUGCUAA